UCAUGUGAUAAAUCCAAAAUGUCCAAAGCACAAACAUAUUUGUCAGUUUUUUAUUUUUUGUUCCUGGGUGCUUUUCUAGGAGCCAAUGCUUUAGAGUCUGCAUGUGUCGUGAAAAAUGAUAGUGGAAACUUCAAGAUAAACAGCGACUGCUCAGGAGGCUGGGUUGCACGUGCUGAUUUUGACAAUUUUGUGAACAAAACCGGAUGGGGUUAUCUGUCAGUUGAAACCAAUGAUGCGUAUGAUGAUGGCGACCAGUCCUAUGCAGCAGGUCUUGUUGAGGGAUUCAUUUCCAAGGACCUCAUUACCAUGCACUGGCAAAACACUGUUGCAGGUCAGUUUUGUGAGCGUCCCUUGAACCCUGGGUGUGAGAAGUUGAGAAACUUCCUGCAGAAUAACCUAGCUUGGAUGCAGCAACAGAUAAAAGAAAAGCAAAAUGAUUACUGGAACAUGGUUAGGCUGUUCCUUAUUCAAGUUCGUGGUCUGACCGAUGGAUAUUUUAACAAGCCAGGCCAUGCAUCCACAGAUAUUGACCCAUUUGGCUUAUACGUCCUGUCACUCAGCGGAGAUAUGGAGGACAUUCCCAAUGCCAUGAACCCCACCAGGAGACCAAAAGUCAAAGGAUCAGGGUCAUGUUCUGCCCUCAUUAAACUGUUGCCAGGCAACAAGGACCUCUAUGUGUCACAUGACACUUGGGAUUCUUACCAAAGCAUGCUUAGGGUGCUGAAAAAAUACAGCUUUGGAUUUCACUUGAUGAGUGGAGACUCGGUUCCAGGCAAGGUGAUAACCAUGUCAUCCUACCCAGGAGUACUGUUGUCAGGAGAUGACUACUAUUUGAUCUCAUCUGGAAUGGCUUCUUUAGAGACAACAAUAGGGAACAGUAAUCCGUCCCUCUACAAGUAUGUGACAUCCAACACGGUUUUGGAGGGUACACGGACCAUGGUGGCCAACAGGCUGGGUACCAAUGGGAAAGACUGGGCUACCCUCUUCUCGCAGUACAACAGUGGAACGUACAACAACCAGUGGAUGGUGGUGGACUACCGACAUUUUCUGCCCGGCUUCACGCCUACCAAGGGACUUUUAACUGUGCUGGAACAGAUACCAGGCUCAGUGGUAUUUGAUGAUCAGACAGAUUUGCUCACAAAACAGACCUACUGGCCAAGCUACAAUAUUGCGUUUUACCCAGAGAUUUUCAACAAGAGUGGUUGCUGGGACAACGUGCAGAAGUAUGGAGAUUGGUUCACAUACGACAAGGCUCCCCGGGCUCAGAUUUUCAAGCGAGACCAUGGCAAGGUCACUGACUUGAAGUCCAUGCAGGCUCUUAUGAGGUACAAUGAUUUCCAGCAUGACCCUCUGGCCCGCUGCAACUGUACCCCGCCCUAUAGUGGGGAGAAUGGUAUCUCUGCUAGGUGUGACCUCAACCCUGCUAAUGGGACAUAUCCGUUUGGGGCCCUGGGGCAUAGGUCACAUGGGGGCACUGACAUGAAACUGACAAAUUCUGAGAUGUUCCAACGCCUGGAGUUUAUUGCCAUAAGUGGACCGACUUACGACCAGUUACCUCCCUUCCAAUGGAGUAAGGCAGACUUCGCUGCAGCAUGCCCACAUUUCGGUCACCCUGACAUCUUCCAGUUUCAGCCUGUUACGUUUAACGGCACGCUGGAUAAAAGCUAUGGUAGUGGCAGGAUUAACGUUAACCUUUCGGUGCAAUAAAACAUUUUGGUUUGACACACCUUAUGAUGCUGAUAUUAUCUUUUUUCAUUCCACUUUUCCGAUAUAAAAUCUGUGAUAUAAAUUUUGCCAUUGUGAAGUGCUGAAUUAUUUUUCAAACAGUAUAUGCUUUGCAGUAUAUCUUUUCAGAGUUAUAAUUAGCAAUGCAAUUUUUUUAAGCAAUGAACUGAAUUAAGCUGCCUUAAAACAUAAGAUUUUAAAAUGUUGUUUAAUAGGUUGUUUUUUAAUAGAUAAAUCCCGGUUGUAUUUUUUGGGGUAUGCUAUAAAAUAUAUCUCUAAGAUGAACACUGCAAAAUAAAAGUUAUUGAAAGUUUGGACAGUUAUGUAUUUACAGAUUUGCAUAUUUUUAUAAUAAAUCAUUGGUGAACGGUA